AUGUACAACGAGCAUCAUCGCCAGGGGCAGGCCAGCCAGUACACGUGGGAGAACGUGGCCAUUGUCCCCGGAGGUCGUGCCGGUCUAAUCAGGAUCGCCGCGGUUCUCAACCAGGCCUACCUGGGUUUCUUCAUCCCGGAUUACACCGCUUAUAAUGAGAUGUUGUCGUUGUUCAGGAAUUUUGCAGCUAUCCCUGUGCCCCUGGACGAGGAGGAUGGGUACCACAUUCACCCGGACAAGAACAACCCGGAGCUGGCAGAGAUCCAGGACAUCUGCCGCGGUCGGGCCACCUUCAUCAGCGACGAGUUCUACUCGGGCUACAACUACACCUCCAACUGCGACGGGUCGACCAUCUCUGCCGCCGAGAACGUCGUCGACGUCGACGAGGACGCCGUGCUCAUCAUCGACGGCCUGACCAAGCGCUUCCGCCUGCCCGGCUGGCGUGUCGCCUGGAUCCUCGGUCCCAAGGAGUUCAUCAAGGCCAUCGGCUCCAGCGGCUCCUACCUCGACGGUGGCACCAACGCCCCCUUCCAGGAGGCCGCUGUGCCCAUGCUCGAGGCCACCCUCGUGAGAGCCGAGAUGCAGGCGCUGCAGACCCACUUCCGUGAGAAGCGCGACUAUGUCGUCAAGCGUCUGCGCACCAUGGGCUUCGUGAUCAACGACGGCCUGAACUUCUUCCAGGCCUGCCUGGAGGAGAAGGUCAUCGUCGUCCCGGGCAUCUUCUUCGACCUCAACCCCGCGAGGCGGCGUGACUUGUUCGACUCGCCCUGCCACCACUUCGUGCGCUUCUCGUACGGGCCCAAGAUGGAGACGCUGCAGCUGCGAUGCGACGGCAUCGAGAGGGUGGUCAACAAGUUCAAGAAAUUUGGAGACAGCUGA